AAACAAAGUAAAGCUCAAGAGCAGAAUGUUUACCUGGAAUAAAUUAGGGACCAGGCUUUACAAAAUAUUGAAGAUGUAUGUUUAAAAUAUGAACAUCUAUUAAUACCUAGAAACUGACAGACAAAAUUAGAACCUGAACACAAAACCACAGCAGCUUUAUAAUUGUUUAGGAAAAAAUAAUAAAAACAUAUCUUUUGUGACUUGUUUUUAACAAGUAUCAUGAACUUUUUGGCAAAAUGUAAACAGAGGUCCAGCUAUGUGUGGUGAGGGCAAGCUGAAUACAAAUAAAUUAAUACAUAAAAAAAGAAAAUUCAAGUAAUUCUGCUUCCCUCCAUUUGAAAAAGACUUAAAGCCACCUCAUUUGCAUAAGCAAACUGCGCAAACACCUCCUUCUACAUAUACAAGUGAAACUUUCAGAAAUGUUUGCUGCUUCUCUUCACGAGCUCUGAUUGUGAUCUCACCAUGCUCACUUACUGUACCCUGGCAGCACUGAUGCUUGUGCUGAACUUUAGUAGUCAAGUUGAUGCAGGGAAAAUCAUUGGAGGCCAUGAGGUUGCAGCACACAGCAGGCCAUACAUGGUGCUGAUAGAGACAAAAUCUGAAAAUGGCCUUCCAAUGCACUGUGGUGGAUUCCUUGUAAGAGAAGAUUUUGUUAUGACUGCAGCUCACUGCAAAGCCAAGUCCUACACUGUUUUCUUAGGCCUUCACACAUACUAUGACAAAAAUAAACAGAUUCUGUCUGUGAAAGAAGAAUAUCAGCAUGGGGACUUUGAUGAAAAUUAUUAUAGGAAUGACAUAAUGCUACUGAAGCUGUCCUCUAAAGCAAAGCUGAACAACAACGUAAAACCUAUCGCUCUUGCAGACAAGAGUAAUGCCUCAGUGCCAAAAUCAUGCAUAGUCUCUGGCUGGGGACAAACAAGCUUAAAGAACAAACAAAUGUCUCUUACACUCAUGGAAGCCAAUGUAACACUUGAAAAAGAGAUGUGUACUGAGGAAAAGGUAUACUGCUCUAAGGGAGAAACGGGACCUGGUCAGGGAGACUCUGGUGGUCCGCUGGUCUGUGAAGGAGGAAAGGCUUAUGGGCUGGUGUCUGCAAGCAGGAAACUGCCCUCUGGUUGCAUGCUGUAUAAGUACACAAAGAUACCUGACUACCGCCAGUGGAUUGACAACAUCAUUAAACAUAGUUUAAACAGCGCGUAGAAUAGGCUACAGAAAACUGAUCAAAUUAAACAUCUCAGCUGAGGUGUUGCUUAAUAUGGUUUACCCAUAUAAAGUUACAUGUUUUAGUAUUUUGCGCAGCAGUUCUACAGGCUGCAAAUAAAUGCAAUAUGGGUGAAAAUAUGAGUUCAUAAUAAAUGUUGGUUAGCAGAUGUCAUUAGAUAUGUUCUUUGUUAACAACUUAGUUUAAUUACUGCCUUGAGUAUGUUUUUUAAUGGGGGACCAAAUUAAAAGACUUCUUUAAGAUGUCCAUGAUUAGUUUUGAUUUGUUACCAAAAUAAAUAAUUGCUUCCUGAA